ACAUGGGGUUGGAUGUGGGAUUUUGGGACAUUGAGGGAAUGCCAGGACAUGGGGCUGGUUGUGGGGUUCUGAGUCCAGGCGGACACUGACAGGGUGCCAGGACAUUUUCAUCUUCAACACAGGAAUUUGACCCUAAUUAUUUUAUUCCCAUAGUUUUUCAACAUAAAUUCUCCUGGAGUUUGUCCAUUCCAGCCCCUGCCUCUUUAAUUCUAUUGCAGUAUCUUUAAUUUCAUAUUUUUGUUUCUUCUCUUUCACCUUUGGUUUUUCUGUCUUCUCCUUUUCUAUUUUAUUUACUCCUCAACAGCUGCUCUGGAUGAACAGAUUCAGGCCACGCUUCUCAUCAAAACAAAUUAAAGCAGUAGUUUUAAGUUUCAUUUUAGGUAAGGUGGAGAAGACACUACUGAACAUUCUCCCAGUGAUGAUUCCAAGAUCUUUCUCAGUGACUGACCCUGAAAGAGUCAGAGGCAAACCUUUAGAAACAGCAGGAACUGAAAAGAAGCAAACACAAAAAAAGGACAAGACAAGAAAGGAAAGAAAGAAAUGUGGACACUGUCUCCAUGCCCAAGGUGAUAAAAGAGGAGGGAAGAAAUGGCCAACUGCAAAAACCUCCAAUCUGAACACCUCCUUUAUGACCCUGCAGAGCGGGGUGGUUUACCAGGACAAAAACGCCACAGCCCAGCGAAUAUCCUCAGCCAGGAUCCACAAAAUCAAAGAGUUGAAGAACGAAAUAUUCGACUUGCAAAGGAAAAUCGAGACCUCGAGCUUCGAGAACCUGGCUUUGAAAGAGCUGAACCGGCGGCACGCCAGAGCCAUCGGCAGGUACAGCGACACAGAGAGCCACCUGCAGGAGCUGCUGGCAGGGCAUCGCAAGGAGCUGGAACACCUCAUGAACCUCCUAAAAAUGUCCCAGGAGGCCGAGAGAAACACAGCCCGGGAGCUGAAAAAAGUCGAAGCAGAGCUGAGGAGAACUGAAGGUUAUCUGAAGACUUUGGUUGUGCUCUCAGAAGACAAAGCUCUGGCAGAGAGGGAGGAACUUCAUUGCAGGUUGUCACUCCUCAAUGAAACGUUGGAAGCAAAGGAUGAGAAGAUACAGAGUCUGGAAAUGCAGCUGAAGCUGAACAGCAACACCUUUAGUCGUCAGCUGGCAAGUGAGAGUAAAAAACUCCUGGAAGCUAUAAUGACCAAAAAGAACUUGCUAAUGGAAAUUAACAUCGUUCACCAAAAAAUUAAGGAAAAGGAUCGGCAACUUUUCAUACAGAAUAUUUAUGCAAAUCGGAUGCCAAAAACCCUGAGGGACAGAAGUGAUUGGGUUCCUAAUGACCAAAGUCUGAGAGUAGACAGAUCAGUACAAGUAGAUAAAGAGAGUUUCAGAGAACUGCUGUUGUCUCAACACCAGGAAACAGAAAAAAAACCAAUCCAGCUAAAAAAGGAGAAAAGAGGAGAUAAGGGUGGAGAAGGUAAAGCAAAGGAAGUGUGUUCAGGUGCCCAGGGUAAAAAAGAAAAUCAAGCAACCAAGAAAGUACCAAUGCCAGAAACUUCUAACAGGACACACAGAGGGGGCAAACUACUGAUGGAAGAACACAAAUUUUCAGAAUUUAUUAAAGAAAUGGAAAAAGAGACAGAAGUUCUUAAAAAGGAGUUGAAAACUCUGAUGAAAUCUGAACGAAAUCCUCAAAGAGUAAAAGAGGAUAAUCAAGAGGGAGAGACGGUGGAAGAAGUUGAAAAAGAAGAGAAAAACCACUACGAGCUGCAAAAAAAGAAAGCCAUGAGUGAAGGUGCAAGUCCAAGCAAAGACCCCACUAGGCUGAAAAAAAAAUACAUUUUCUCAGAAGCUGUUGAGAAUUUGCAUCAGGGGCUCCACACUUCAGGCGCCAAAUGCAAAGCAGGCAGCCAGAGAGCGAGCUGCACUCACACUGCUGUGCCCAGGCGGAAAAUCUCCUUCGGGGCUUACGAGCCCUCCUUUGGGCAAACCCUGCCGGGCUGGCAGGACAGCGCCUCUGCGGUGGAAGAAACACCCGAUGAAGGAGCUCUGCGGGCAGGAAUGUUCGCAGCGACACAAUUCCUGCAGUUCCAGCAGCACAGGGGUGAUGGCAGACAAGUGAGGGGGGCAAAGCAAAUCCCAAACUCCACGCCAGGGUCCAGCUCUCCUCGUUAAAAGCAUUUCCUGAGAAUACACAAUUGUUUCUGAUAGUUAAGUACAUCAGUUUACCUUUGGAAAGUUUCAACAUUCAGAUUGUCACAAACCAAAUGUUUUACUUUCAUUGAAUGUUUAUUAAAUCUUACAAGCGCUGGCAAUUGCUUUCCAUUUUUUCCAAAACAAUCCAACCAGUUGUCACAAAAAAACCCAUUCGGUGCUUGGUGUGUUUCCACAAAAAUGUGUUGUAUUAAGAAUUCCUUAUUAUUCUCACCUGUUACCAGGUAAGUUAGUCCUUGUUUGGGAACUUCCAUGUUUUUUGCAUUCCCAAGGAGCUGGAAUUUGGAAGCUGGGUGGUUGUCAGCUCGCUGAGAUGAGCACCCAGCUUUCAUAAACUUCACUGCUGGGUGAGGACCCACAAUGCAAUAAAACAAAACACUUCUUCACUUCCUUCACUCCCCAAACAGCUUCCAGAAUUCACAGAUCAUAAAAAUAAUUUGCUCCUACAUUGUUUUCACGAGCAUUAGAAACCUCUAAAGCCUCAUUCUUUCCCACUGUUAGAACUUAUCAAAGCAGUUUGCCUGGUAACUUCCCCAGCUGCCAUCCCGGAUGAAUGUGCGAGAGGAAAGCAUUGUUUUGGACAAGUCAGGCAUAGCCAGUCCCCAAAAAGCCUCUAAAAAUCCUUAUUUAAGGUUAUGUAAGCGAGGGGAGGAGGACUGUGCUUUGUUCCUCACACUAAUUUAUUAAAUACUUGCUAAAUCCGUGUGAAGUUUGGAAAAAUUAGGGGCAUUCUGUCCAAAAUUACACUACAAAAGUUUUUAAAGAUGACAAAGACACUCAGAGCCGAACCUGUUGCAGCAACAUUUCAAAGGUUUAGAAAAAAAAUUUUAAACAUAAAUUAGUUGAGUUGAUUCAAACAGUAUUUCCUUAUGUUGUUUUGGUGAGUUUGGGGUUUGUUUUGUCAUUCUGGGUUUGUUUGU